AUGGGAUCUAUGCCAGCAGGAGGAUGGAGACAGCUUGAUGUCGGUGUCGUCGGCGGAGGUAUUGGUGGCAUGAGCGUCGCAAUUGCCCUCCGCCGCGCAGGCCACAAGGUUUCCAUCUACGAGCGCAACGACUUCGCUGGUGAAGUCGGUGCAUCCGUCUCAUGCGCCGCGAACGGCACCCGCUGGUUGCACGAGUGGAAUGUGGAUGUCGCAAAGGGCGAUCCCGUCGUCUUGAAGAGUCUCAUCAACCGAGACUGGAAGACGGGUGAACCAGUCAGCGUUUACAGCCUCGACGACUACGAGAAACGUUGGGGUUACGUUUAUAACAUGUUUCAUCGUCAGUACAUGCAUGCGAUGCUCAAGGACACGGCGAUGCAGGAGGAGGGCGAGGGAACCCCCGCAAAACUGUUUCUUAACCACAAGUGCAAAAACAUCGACGUGAGCGCCGGAAAGGUGGAGUUCGAGAACGGCUACUCUGCGACUCAUGACCUCAUCAUCGGCGCCGAUGGCAUCGGCAGCGCGGUGCGGGGCUUCAUCGGCAUUCGGCCGGAAAAGCGCCCCGCCGAAUCCAGUUGCUUGCACGCCAAUGUCCUCACCGAGGACGCAGUCAAGGCCGGUCUCGUCGAUUAUUCCCAAGACAGCGCUCUUGAAUACUGGGGUGGUCAAGAGGGCAAGUGGGACAAGAUCGUCCUCUCGCCCUGCAAUGGCGGAAAGCUGCUGUCGUACUACUGCUUCUUCCCAAGAGAAAAAGGAGAUUACGUGAACCAGGCCUGGGGUGUUGAGGACCGGCCCGUCGAAGAGUUGCUUGCGCCAUUCCCUGAGUUGGACAAGCAAAUCCUCGCGCAUCUUGCUAUUGGCAAGGAUAUCCAGCCUUGGCGUCUAUGGAUGCACGACCCUUACCCUUAUAUCAACAAGAACAUGGUUUGCUUGCUCGGCGAUGCAGGACACCCUAUGAUGCCUCACCAAAGCCAAGGCGCAUGCAUGGCCAUCGAAGAUGCCGCUGCGCUUGGAAUUCUUUUCCACCCUAAAUACUUCAGCGGAAACGUUGCUGAGACCCUGGAGGUCUACAACACCGUCCGGCUGCCCCGUGCCACCCGUGUCCAGGCUGCGGCUGCCAAGGCCGCGUACAACAUUAACGAGCGUAUCGGUUUCUCAAACAAUACCAACACGAGCACCUAUAAGGUAGCAGAUGAAAAGGCUAAGCUGACGAUCGAGGAAAUGAACGCAUAUGACAUGUACAAAGACAUCGAGGAGGCCAUCGCUCAACAAGCAGGGGCGCCAUUUAACCACAAGUUUAUCAAGGGCUUGCCGAUAGGACUUGAGUUAUCUCCAGGUGUCAUUGUUGGACAGUAG